UUGAAAAUAUGGCGACUUCCAGUGAGAGCUCCCAAAGUAGUGAAAGUUUUCUGAGAAAACGACGUGGCGAACCUCUCAUUUCAGACAGUCAUUCUAACGAAGAGAGGAAUGAGACGUUACAAGAAGAAGACUUAUGCAAAUAUGAUAAGAAAUGGGACGUAUCGCUCCAAACAGGGACCUAUUGGCUCACGCGUAUUGUACUGCUGCGAGCCAUCGCUUUCAUCUACUUUGUGGCCUUCGCUGUUGCAUACAACCAGAACAAACAGCUAAUUGGUGAAAAAGGGCUCAUACCAUGCAAGGACUACUUGAGAAGUGUGAAACGCUAUGUGGGUGGCAAGAUUGGCAUUGACGCCCUGGCAUAUACUCCUUCAAUCCUCUGGUUCAUGGACUGGAAUGACAUGGAUGCCAACCUGGAUGGCAUUGCUUUGGCAGGGAUGACAAUUUCAAGCUUUGUCCUGCUAAUGGGAAGGGCCAAUAUGAUCAUAAUGGGAUUGCUAUGGAUAUUAUAUCAUUCUAUUGUGAAUGUUGGACAGAUUUGGUACUCUUUUGGUUGGGAGAGUCAACUUCUGGAAACCGGGUUCUUGGGGAUCUUCCUGUGCCCGUUGUGGAGCCUGGCACAGAUGCCACGCAGUUGCCCGCCUUCCGUUAUCUCCAUCUGGACGUUCCGCUGGCUCAUUGUUCGCAUCAUGCUGGGUGCGGGACUGAUAAAGAUAAGAGGGGACCGUUGUUGGAGGGACCUUACCUGUAUGGACUACCAUUAUGAGACUCAGCCGGUUCCUAACCCCGUGUCCUACUACAUGCAUCAUUCCCCAUGGUGGUUCCAUCGGUUUGAGACCCUCACCAAUCACUUCAUCGAACUCAUUGUGCCAUUCUUUACCUUCAUGGGACGCCGUAUGUGCAUGGUGAACGGGGCGCUUCAGAUCCUCUUCCAGAUUGCUCUGAUUAUAAGUGGGAAUCUCAGUUUUCUGAACUGGCUGACUAUAGUGCCCAGCCUGACCUGUUUUGAUGAUGCCGCUUUGGCUUUUCUGUUCCGCCGCUCUGGAGGAGCCAGACAGACUUUACUGAAUAUACAGACCGAGGCGGCCUCAGGCCAGACUCCACCACCCUCUAAAGGUAUGCUGAUAAGACGCGUGGUGAACGUGUCUCUGGGGGUUCUGAUUGCAUAUCUGAGCGUGCCGGUGGUGAUGAACCUCCUGAGCUCCAGACAGGUGAUGAACACCUCUUUUGAUCCCCUGCGGAUAGUCAACACCUACGGAGCCUUUGGCAGUGUCACUAAGGAGCGGACCGAGGUGGUGUUUCAGGGCACAAUGAGUGUGAACCACACUGAGGAGGGAGUGAUAUGGGAAGAGUAUGAGUUCCUUUGCAAACCAGGAGCUCUGAACAGAAGACCUUGUUUCAUCUCACCGUAUCACUACAGGCUGGACUGGCUCAUGUGGUUUUCUGCCUUCCAGACAUAUGAACAGAAUGAAUGGAUUAUUCAAAUAGCAGGCAGAUUGUUGGCAAAUGACUCUACAGUUCUUUCCCUAAUGGGCCACAAUCCAUUCCAAGGCAGAGAGGAACCUAGGUGGAUACGAGGGGAGCAUUUUAGAUAUAAAUUCACUCGACCCGGCAGUAGCGGUAACGCCCAGGGGAAAUGGUGGGUCAGGAAGCGCAUCGGGCCCUACUUCCCCCCUGUCAAUCUAGAAGGCCUCAGGGGGUAUUUUAAGUCCAGGAGCUGGUCAUUUCCAGACAGCUAUUAAGCCAUCACACCAGACUGAAGGGUGGAGCAUGUCUCAGAUACUGGAUGUCUGGAUUGUAUUUCUCUAUGUCUUGUGUCUAUACACUGAUGUUGAUCAUACUUUGCCUGUGUAGAGUGCUGAAUGAGAUCUUACGUAAGGGAUUUUAAAGGCAACUGUAUUUUGUCAACACUAUCUAAGGAAUAAAAAGGUGAAUGUUUGUCAAGGGCUGUUUUAAGCCUGCCAAAAAGUGGCCCAGAUGUAUUAUUCAUAUGAUUUGGAUUUGAAUAAAGAAAAGCAUUACAAUA